CGCCUACUACUCCUAUUCUUUAAUAGAAGCAUUGCCGUGUUUUGACUUCAGAUACUGUUCGGUUACCGUCGAGGGAGCACUUAACCGCUGUUUUUCAGAUUGUCGGCCGUUAUACGCGAGUAUAACGCGUGUUUCUUUCCUUUUUUCCUAGUGGUACACGUUGUUUUUGGCUGAUUUCGGGGACUGCUGAAGAUCCACAGAGUGAGUCUUUAGAAUAAUAAGUUUCGAGAGGCUGUACGUGCAAUAUGUCAAAUUUCUUCGCUUCGUGAGAAAGUGCAAAUAGUACACCAGAUAUGAAUACGGUGGUUUUGGAGGCUAGGCCUUUUAGGCCCUUCAAGUCCAGCGAGGAGUAUCUGUACGCCAUGAAGGAGGACUUGGCUGAAUGGCUUCAAAUGCUGUAUCCCCAUCUGAAUAUCAACGUGGAGAAUUUCAUGGAAAGAUUGGAGACUGGGGUGGCACUUUGUGAGCAUGCCAAUGCAGUGAAAAGACAAGCUGCUGAAUACGUGGGGAGGAAACAGGCGAAGAAGUAUAUGACAAGAUCGGUUACAGGGUCGUUAGCACAGGCUCAAACACUUGCCAGAAUUGCCGAAGUCAAGUACUUUUCAACGGCCAAACCUGGUACAUUUUUUGCCAGAGACAACGUGAGCAACUUCAUAAACUGGUGUCGUAUAUGCCUCGAAAUUAUAGAAUGCCUACUUUUCGAGUCCGACGAUCUCAUCAUGAGGAAAAACGAAAAACAUGUUAUAUUAUGCCUGCUAGAAGUGGCCAGGAGAGGAGCAAAGUUCGGAAUGUUGGCACCAAUGCUGGUACAGAUGGAACGACAGAUCGACAGGGAAAUAGCUGCUGAUCAGAAGAAAAUGGGUGCAAGUUUUCACGACGGCGUGGUCAACGAUAGCGGUCUUGGGGAUGAUGAGAGUGACAGCGAUAUGGAAGACGAAGAACCGGUACUCAUGUAUGGACCUGUGCCACAAAUAGUGACCAACGAUUUGAAAAGCCUCGAUGAAAUGGUGCGAGAUCUCGUAGAAAAAUGUACAUGCCCAACACAGUUCCCAAUGAUCCGAGUUUCUGAAGGAAAAUAUAGAAUUGGAGACACCAAAGUACUUAUAUUCGUCAGGAUAUUGCGAAAUCACGUGAUGGUCCGAGUAGGUGGUGGCUGGGACACAUUGUCACAUUAUCUGGAUAAACAUGACCCCUGCAGAUGUCGCUCACAGCACCGGACCACCCAGGGAGCCAGACUUGUCAACAAGCCUGGUGCUGCAGAUCUGCAUGGCUCUCACGUUUAUUAUGAAAGAUCUCCUGUGCCAUCAGCCCACAGCACCCCAACACACGCACCCUCCGGGCCCAAUUCUCUCCUCGGUCCACCAAUGCACUCCCUCAGCAGAUCCAGGUCAAGAUCACCAUCCCAACUGUACAAAAACGACGACAGGAGAUCAGUGAGCCCUAACCUAUCCCGGAAAUCUCUCAUGCCACCAUCCAACAGGUCCAGGAGUCCAACGCCGAACUUCAUAUCGACACACCAGACGAAACUAUCCACCAAUAGGAGCCCAAAGCACCAGAGCAGCAGCUCGCCGAAGGUCCCGAAGAACCACGUCUCCACUUUGCAGAUACCCAUCGACAAGGGUAUCACGAAGCAGGAUCUGCUGAAAUCCGAAGCCACACUGGUGGUCAACGACCAAUUGACCGAUCAUAGCGACACAACGUCCGAAAUGUCAGACGAGGGUUACAGGAGUUUGGGGAUUGUUAACGACAAGUCGAAGAAGAGGUCCUCUGUUUACAGUCAGAAUUCGGCGGAGGAUGCUGAAGAGAAUGAGCAUAAGUUAGACUGCGAGGAAGACCUCAACGAUGUGGGCCUACGCAAGACCCAAUACUCCCAGAAAAUUUUCGAAAACGAAUCGAAGCCGACCUCUACGCCCGAUAAAACGGUACUAGAAGAAAGAAAACCCUCCUACAGACGUUCCAACAGCCUGGAUGGUAAAGAAACGCCGUCCACACCAAAACUGAACGGUUCACCCUACAAAAAAGUAGUCCAGUGUAAAGUGAACACAUGGAAUAACUCGCCUAAGCGUCAAAGAAGUUCUUUGACCCCUGAAACGUUCAUCUCACCAUUCGCCAGGAAUUCUGCUACCAGAAGGAGUGUUUCUGCCGUUGGUUACGACAGGAAGUCAUCCAGCACUAAUACAUCGCCUACUAAAGGAAGGUUAAGACAGGAGUUAUUGAAGGCUGUCAAAAACACAGACGACGAUGCUAUCAUGGCCAUGCAAGUGCAGGAGCUGUUGAAGAAAUACGGUAGUUUGAAUAUGUUAGAUGACGACGAUGAACAACAGUUCAGGAGUUUGCCAGAAGAAAGCAAUUUCAAGAGAUCUACUGGAAGGAUGAGCAUCAGGAGCUCGAGGAAAGAUCUCAGACCUGACCUACAUUCAAGAAUUCCAGCACCCAUAUCUUACAAGGCCUGAGGUACAACGUUCUAUAGCGUCGUUUUAAAGAAUCAAGAAUUUUUCGAACCAUUUUACAAGAAGAAAUAUCUAGGAAGAAUUUUACGAUGAUAUUUUUGUAAUCGUCUGAGAUUAGUUUAGUACAGCAUAUAGUCGAUUGCUCAAAUGGAAAGUAAAUACCAUACAUCACCCUGUAUAGUGAUAUAGUGACUCUCCUUGCGUCCAUUUAAGAUGGGCAAAUACGCGAGAGUUUAUCGUUGAAAGUUACCAAACUAUUGUUUGAAGUUAUCUUUGGGCUAGUGUUAAAUUGUUUUAGGCUGGUACCUAUAAACUCAAAUUAUAGCACUUUAUGUAGCGCGCGCUGGUUUGUUUGAUUUUGAUCUUAAUGCUCGAGACUGUGUCACCUAAGCUUCAGCAUAAUGAUAGAUUGAAUUGAGCGGAAUCGAUUAUUUCUAUUUAUAAAUAAAGAUUUUAUUAAGUAUUAAUUUUUAUAAUUGGAAGAUGUUACUCAACAUCCCAAUCAAUUUUAUAUUCAACAGGUUUCCAUUCCUCAAGAUCAGGAAUAAUACACAGCAAAUUAUCACAAAAUACAAAUCCUGAAUAAAGCAUAUCGUUUUUACACUGACAACAGAUUCAUUUUUUAGAGGAGCACUAAUAUUCCAUGAUGAUUUUUUAUGUAAUUCUUCGAGUUGCAAAAUUAACAUAUUGUACAUUGUGUUCAUCAUUCGAUCUUCUUUCUAUUGGUUGUAGAAGAUUUGCGAUGUGGACUUUAUCAUUUGCUAUAUUCUCUGCAGAAAAAUUCUGUUCAUCCUAUAUCAUAAUAUGAAAUAGACUGUAUUUAUAUAAUUUGGUACAAUAAAAAAUGGAAUAUU